AGAUGCUGCUGUCUGGGGAGGGGGGUUUUGCCUCUCCUUUGGGGAGAAAUGUUAGAAACCUGGGGGCUGUAGGUGCGUCUGUGGAGCCCGUUGGGUUUUGGGGGGUGUCCCUGCAUUGAGGGGCUGGGAAUGAACCCCCUGGGUGGGAUGUCCCGGGGUGGGGAUUGUGGUUCAGGGUGUGCUUUCCUUGGCCACGAGCGGGUUAAAAACCCCUUUAUUGACCCGAAUCGCUCCUGCUGUCUCUGUGUCCAGGUGAAGGGACCCUCCCCCAGCAGCUGCCAUGGGUUCUGUGCUUUCCCUCCCCGCCGGCGGCGCUGCCCCGAGGCAGAGGAAGGCAGCUGAGGAGGAGGAUGACGAUUUACUCGACAACCAGGACCGUGUGGAAGACAUUGCCAAGUUCCCCUACGUGGAAUUCACAGGCCAGGACAGCAUCACCUGUCCCACUUGCCAAGGCACUGGCUGCAUCCCCACAGAGCAGGUGAAUGAGUUGGUGGCUCUGAUCCCCUACAGCGACCAACGGCUUCGUCCCCAGAGAACGAAGCUCUACGUCCUGCUCUCGGUGCUGCUCUGCCUCCUGGUCUCCGGGCUGGUGGUUUUCUUCCUCUUCCCACACUCGGUGCUGGUGGAGGAUGAUGGGAUCAAGGUGGUCCGGGUGUGGUUUGACAGGAAGAACUCCGCUGUCCUUCUGGCCAUCACGGCCACCUUAAGGAUCAGGAACUCCAACUUCUACUCGGUGGCAGUGGCCAGCCUGACCAGCCAGGUGCAGUACAUGAACACGGUGGUGGGCACCCAGCAGGUCACCAACAUCUCCAGCAUCCCACCCCUGAGUGACAAACUGGUGAAUUUUACUGUGAAGGCAGAGCUGGGUGGAGCCUUCUCCUACGUGUAUUCCUUCUGCACAUACCCCAAGGUGAAGGUCCAUAACAUCGUGGUCUUCAUGAGGAGCUCGGUGAAGUUCUCCUACGUGGGACACACGACCCAGAGCUCCGUGGAGCGGUACCGGGACGUGCAGGGAAAGCUUCUGCCUCUGCCACGGGCACUAAAAGGAGGCAAAAGAAUCAAAACCUUUGGAACCACGGUGGUUUUGGUUUGCUGGCAUCUGAGAAACCCCCCGAGCACCGCCUGCCUUUGUGAGGGUCUGUGAUGGACUCGCCUCCUCCUCCUCCUCCUCCUCUGAUCCUUCCUCCCCCCUCCCGCAGGGGUUUGAAACCAGGGCAUGUGCAGCUCGGUGUGUUGCUUUGUACUUGUGCUCCACCGCAGGCAAACAGGGAUUUAAACCGAUUUUUGUGGGAGUCUGGACUUCCAAGGCUUCCCUGCCGGGAGCGGCGCAUUCCUGACGGUCGCUAUCAGCUGCCUCCCGAGAGCAAAUCGAUGUGGCAGCUCUGCCCCCGCAGCCCUGCUGGGGACUCGCAGCCCGGAGAGUUUCGUCCCUCGGGAGUUUUCGCUGGAAUUCGAUCGCCGGGAGCUGCCCCCGUUCGUGCCCUGCCCCUUUGUCUGCCCGCCCGGGGGGGUGUGGGAGCAGAUCAGGCCCCUUUUCAGAGAGGGAUGCUCGAUUUUUGUGUGACUGGGACAUGAAAACACACCUUGCUUUCUUCUUUAAGCAGUGAGAUCUCUGCCUAGUGGAGCUGAGCUGUGCUGAUUA